GCGCGCUGUGUGGACCAAUCCAAGCGCCUCAUCAUCGUCAUGACACCCAAUUACGUGGUGCGGCGGGGUUGGAGCAUCUUCGAGCUGGAGACCCGCCUCCGGAACAUGCUGGUCACCGGGGAGAUCAAGGUGAUUCUGAUUGAGUGUGCCGAGCUGCAUGGCAUCAUGAACUACCAGGAAGUGGAAGCGCUCAAACACACCAUCAAGAUGCUGACCGUCAUCAAGUGGCGUGGSCCCAAGAGCAACAAGCUCAGCUCCAACUUCUGGAAACACUUGCAGUACGAGAUGCCCUUCAAGCACAUGGAGCCCAUCAUCAGCAAUGAGCAGGUGCUGGACGUCAGCGAGCAGGGCCCUUUCGGCGAGCUCCAGACCGUCUCCGCCAUCUCCAUGGCAGCCGCCACCUCCACCGCCAUGGCCACGGCGCACCCGGAUUUGCGGAGCACCUUCCACAACUCCACUGUCAACUACCACACCCAGAUGAGGCAGCAGAAACAUUACUACCGCAGCUACGAGUACGACAUGGCUCCCGGCGGCAGCCUGCCUCCCCUCUCCACCCUGGGUAACCAGCACACCUACUGCAACAUCCCUAUGACUCUGAUCAACGGACAGAGGCCCCACGGCCAGGCCAGGACACCCAGAGAACAGAGCAUCGAGGAGGCACACGCCAAUAACGCCAUGCUACCGCUGCUGCCACGCGAGACCAGUAUAUCCAGUGUCAUCUGGUGACAGCACCAGGCUGGCAUAGGGACAGAUGGGAUAUAUUGUAUGUAGAGGGAGAACUAGCUGGCAGAGUGUGUGGUGGUGGUGGCGGUYGAGGGGGUGUUGCUACGGAGACCGUUAGUGGACUAGAGACUGCUGCUGUGGAAUUUGCACCAGGAUUCACAGGGGGAAAUCACCAACACAGGACAAGUCAUUCCGUCAGACUAAGACAACAUUUGUUUGACAAGGACUAAGGAGGAUUUGGCGUGAAAAGGAGAACCCGUUUGGUUUGAAAUGCCUGUACACACAGACACCAACGCCGAUGUUCAUUUACCCAGAAACUCAAGGAAUACAGGGUCUUGUACAUAUAUUUUAUAUUUCUUUAUAGCGUCAGUAUUUUUCUGUUGUUUUUCUUUGACCUUUCAUUCACCAGUUUUUAUCAUCAAAUUUCUACGUCUGUUUUGAUUMAUGGUUUGAAUUUUUUUGUAUUUGGGUAUGAAAGUGAAACGAUGGUCUGUGAGGUCUAUUGGCUGAACUGUUGUAAUUUUGAUCUUGACUUGUAGUGGAACUGUUGUAGUUUGAACGCUCUUUGUUUUUUAACAGUUAWGGCAUUGUAGCGGGAAAGUUUUGAUGUUUCAUUCGAAAGAAAAUGUCAUUUUUUUGUUGUCCUGGUUACAUAGAUGGAAUCUUCUUUUAUUUGGGACUCUUAUUAAACAAAACUAGAUUAUGCAACAGAUGAAGAGGCCUGGGAGUAUGCAAGAUAUGAAUAGAUGAACCGACCCAUCAGGACACUAUAGAGACUGGUGCUAGACUUGGUGUGCAAGUGUUGCAGCUCUCGCAAACAUAGUGACAUGCUCUUUUCAAAAGACAGCCUUUCUGUUCAGCUUAACAGAGACAUAUAUCACCCUAAAAACAACUAUGUGUAUUAUUUUAUGAGAAAGUAUAUUUUUGUAACAAAAAUAUUUGCUUGGAAGUACAUASUUAUUCACAUUUCAUCCCACUAAUGACAGAAAUAGAGUAACAUGCAUUCUGUUUCCUACAUUAUUUUGCUAUGCAGUGCCCUAUUUGCAUAGCAGACAAAGUGGAUGUUUGAGUCCUUCACUAAAUGUCUUAUCUUAGUGGAAAGAUGAAAAAAUAUAAAAUCAUUUGACAUGUU